UCAACAUAUCCACUACUAAUUGUAUUUCCUUAUUUUCUACUACUUUUUGUUUUGCUUACAAGUAAACUCUCAACCAAUCUGACAUUUCAAACAUCGUACAUUUAAGCGGCGUCGUUUUAAUAAUAGACGCUUAAUUGUUUUGGGUGUUGUAACAUGUAAAAUGUAUAUUAAAUCCGUGUAUAUAGAUGGAUUCAAAUCCUACGGGAAACGUACGGAGAUACUUGGUUUUGAUAGAGAGUUUACUGCCAUAACGGGUUUAAACGGGACCGGCAAGUCAAACAUUCUUGAUUCGAUAUGUUUUGUACUUGGCAUUAUGAAUUUAAGUCAGGUGCGAGCUGCGUCGUUGCAAGACUUAGUAUUUAAAAGUGGACAAGCGGGCAUAACUAAAGCUACAGUUACACUAAUAUUCGACAAUACGGACCCAGAGCAAUGUCCGUUAGGUUAUGAAAAAUGCAGGGAAAUAUCAGUAACACGCCAAAUUGUUGUAGGUGGAAAGAACAAAUAUUUAAUAAAUGGCAAAAUUGUUCAAAAUAAAAAAAUCGCGGAUUUUUUUUGUUCAGUACAGCUCAAUGUUAAUAAUCCCAAUUUUCUUAUUAUGCAAGGACGUAUAACUAAAGUAUUAAAUAUGAAACCAAAAGAAAUUCUUUCCAUGAUUGAGGAAGCUGCUGGCACAAGUUUAUAUGAUAGCAAACGUGAGGCUACUACUAAACUUAUAGAAAAGAAAGAUGUGAGGGUGCGUGAAACGAAUCAACUACUUACUGAAGAAGUUGAACCAAAAUUGGAAAAAUUGCGAAAAGAACGGACAGAUUACAUAGACUUUCAAAAUAUUUGUAGAGAAAUUGAUUCUUUAACACGUAUUCAUAUAUCUUAUCGAUACACAAAGCACAAGCAAGGUCUAGAUGCUCAUGAAGCAACUCUCGAGAAGAUUUCUACAGACAUUAGUAAAUUUCGUCAAACUAUUGAGGAAAACAAAAAAGAAAGUGAAAUAAUUGAUGAAAAUUGUAAAGAAUUACAAGAUAAAAUCGAUACUGACUGUGGCGGAAAAUUAAAAGAAAUGGAAGAAGAACUUCGAAAUCUCGUUUUAAAAGAAUCUGCUGCAAAUGCUGAUUUCAAAUCUGCAGAAACUGAUAUUGCCCAUACAGAGAAAAAUCUUCGUACAAUUGAAAAAUCGAUAAAAGAUGAUGAAAAAACACUAGGAAGUAAAGAAACUAAGCUGUCUAAUAUUCAAACUAAUUUUGACCAGUUGAAACAAGCAGAAACAGAUGAUAAGCUUAAGUAUGAGGCAGCGCAGAAGCGAAUGGAUAAUGUAUCGCGAGGACUAACUACCAAUGAGGAAGGGGUUACCACGUCACUACAAGAUGAAUUAAUAAGUGCUACUGGACAAAUUACUGAUGCCGAAACUAACGUAAAAGGUACUGAAAUGGAAUUGGUUCACGCUCGUAAUAAACUUAGAGAUCAACAAAAUAAGACCCAAAAAAAUGAUGAUGCGUAUACUAAGGAUAAAGCAAAACAAAAAGAACUUGAAGAAAAAAUAAAGCAACUAGAAUCUAAACUAAGACAAAUGAAUUAUGAAGAUGGCUUAUAUGAAAAAUUAGAAGAACGUAAAAUGCAGAUCAAUAUGGAAAUUCGAAAUAUACACAGUAAAUUAAAUAGGCUUAAUGCACAGAACUUUAAUAUGGACUAUAAAGAUCCAGAACCAAAUUUCGAUCGAUCUAAAGUGCGUGGCAUGGUUGGAAAAUUAUUUGAUGUAAAGGAUCCUCAAUAUAAUGUUGCAUUACAAGCUGUAGUUGGAGGGCAUCUCUUCAGUCAUGUUGUAGAUGAUGAUAUUACUGGAAAAAAAAUAUUACAAAAGGGUGACCUUGCGAAAAGAGUAACCAUUAUUCCCAUGAACAAAAUUAAAGAAAGAAGUAUUGAUCCCAAAUUAAUAGAAAAUGGACAAAAACUUGUUGGAAAAGAAAAUAUAGAAACAGCAAUUAAUUUAAUAGAUUACGAUAAACACUAUGAUUCUGUAAUGAAGUUUGCUUUUGGACACUCUGUAAUAUGCAAGAAUCUAGAUGUUGCUAAAGAGGUAACUUUCAAUCCUAAAGUAGGUUGUAGAUCAGUAACGUUAGAAGGUGAUAUAUUGGAACCAGAAGGAAUUUUGACAGGUGGCGCUCGUGAAAAAAGUGAUGAUUUGCUACCUAUUUUGGCAGAUAUAAAACAUAACGAAGAAUUAUUAAAAAGUCUUAAAAUAGAGUUACAAAACGUUAAUAGAAAAUUAGAAUCAAUAAAAGUGGUAGCAGCUGCUUAUAAUAAAAUUAAAGAGGACGUGGAAGAAGCGCAACUUCAUUUAGCCGCCUGCUUGCAACGACUAUCCCACACUUCAUUUCAGCAACACGAAGAAGAAAUAAAUUCGCUUAAGCAAAACAUAAUUGAUUUAGAAUCGACUUUAGUUAAAUCACGCGAAUCAGUUAAAAUGUAUCGAGCUAAGAUUAAAGAUUUAAAAGCCAAAAUUCAGGACGCUGAUGGUUAUCGAAAACGUGAAUUGAAACAGGCAAAAGAGGAAAUGGAGGCAGCUGCUAAGAAAGCACAAAUAUCUCAACAGAAUGUGACGAAACAUGAAAGCCAAUAUUCAACACUGAAGCUUGAAAUAGAAGCACUACGCGAAAAUAUAGAAAAGUCCAAAAAAGAGAGUGAGAUUUUAAUCGAAAAAAUAUCUAAAAUGAAAUCGAGUAUUACUGAUUUACAAAACAACUGCAAAAAUUAUUCGUCUCAACUGUCUGAGUUUAGAGAUCGCAUUGAUAAACAGAAAGAAUUUAUAAAAUUACAAAAUCGCGAAUUAAAGACUCUAGUAGUUAAAAAAGAAAAGCUGCAUAAACAAAAUAAUGAUUUGAAUCUUGACAUAAAGAGAAAAGAAACUGAAUUAAAUAAAAUGAAUAUUGAAAAGGAACAAUCUGUAGCAAAAAUACAAGAUCUGGAGAAAAGAUAUCCUUGGAUUCUUGAAGAUCGCGAAUUUUUCGGUCUAAAAAAUACUCGUUACGAUUAUAGCAAAGAAAAUCCAAUUUCUGCGGGAGAAAAAUUGUCAAGAAUGCGUGAGAAAAAAGACAAAAUGGAGAAACAUAUUAAUGUUAAAGCAAUGAUGGUAUUAGAUAGAGAGGAAGCAAACUACAAGGAAACAAUGCGCCGCAAAACGAUCGUCGACCAAGAUAAAGAAAAAAUAAAAAGAAUCAUAUGCAAAAUGGACGAAAAAAAGCGGGAAAAGUUAGAGAGUUCUUGGAAAGUGGUCAACGAAAAUUUCGGUAGUAUAUUUGGUACAUUAUUGCAAGGAGCGCAAGCGCGCCUCCAUCCUACUAUACAGGGUAAUCAUUUGGUUGGACUUGAAAUUAAAGUUGGAUUUAAUGGAGUUUGGAAGGAGUCAUUGAAUGAAUUAUCUGGUGGACAAAGAUCAUUAGUCGCGCUAUCAUUGGUACUAGCAAUGCUUAAAUUUUCGCCUGCUCCUUUAUAUAUUCUUGAUGAAGUCGAUGCUGCAUUAGACAUGUCCCAUACACAAAAUAUUGGGAAUAUGCUAAAAGAACAUUUCACCAAUUCGCAGUUCAUAAUUGUGUCUUUAAAAGAUGGUAUGUUUAACAAUGCGAACGUCUUAUUUCGUACCAAAUUUGAAGAAGGAAUAUCAUUUGUUACAAGAACCCUCAAUCCAAAGCUCGCAGCGAUGGGUAGAAAAUAAAUACUAAACUGAAAAUGUAUUACGUUUUCGUAAUCUUUUGGUAUAUUAUAAUUGUUUAAUUUUUGUUACAUGUUAAAAUAUUGAAGCCUUUUUUGUUUUCAUCUUUUUUUGAAAGCUCACUGGCCUAUUUUAU